AUGCCACCCCCAGAAAAGCUCCAUUUGACGGCCCAAGACGCGCGAUAUCUCCGAGACGAGUUUUCCUCGGCCGUGGACCAGAAAACGUCGCUGCAUUUGCCCGGAAACGACCCCACCGACCCGCUCAUCCUGCGCGUAAAACAACUUGUGUCGGAGUUCGUCACAGAAACCAUGCAACUGUCGCGACACGCGUUGGUCGUGGACGGCGCGGAGAUGGGACGGGUGAACUCCAUCGACGCGCAUCUGCGUGAGUCCACCGAGCACAUUGAGCCGUUUGACAUGGGUUUAGCUGAGGAGCUGAGACGGGUGUACGCCGAGGUUGACGAGACAACUGUGCGGUUGAGCGAGAUGCGCAAGAAUGUUCCCAAGGUCAUUUCUGAACUAUACAAACAGGCUGAAGUCAACUGCGCCGACAUUGGCCAACCUACUGAGGAAGGAGUGACAUUGGAAGCGGUGCUGGAGGAACUGCCUCCUGUCGAAGAGCUCAAUGAGGAGGACAGAGAGACGCUGAGGCAGUCAUUGCUGGAAAUUAAGCGCCUGAGAGGAGCUGUUCCAGAAACCCAUACGAGAUUGGAGGAGCUCGGCAAGGUGAAGGAGGUUGUCGGAGGGCUUUGA